CUUUUGAAUACUUUAACUUAAAUGCUAACAAAUGUUGAAUUUAUAUUUCAGUUAAACAGUUUUGAAACAUUAAUUUAAUCAAUUUAAGUUUUCGUUUAUAUUGACCGUAAAUACGGUUCACUAUUCAUACAAACGAUGGACUUUUGGCACAAAUAUCGCAAUUAUAUCUCGUUUUGGAUUCUGGGCUUAAGUAAUGACUAUUCGUAUGUAAUUAUGUUGAGCGCAGCCUUUGAUAUCAUGAGUGCCUUUGAUCCUAAAGAUUCAAGCCAUUCGUCCGAUGAUAACAAUGGCUUUAAAUGCAACACCAGUUCCACCGGUUCUGUACUUCUCGCUGAUAUACUUCCCUGUCUUUUCAUUAAACUCUUGGCCCCAUUUUUCUUCACGAAUACUAAUCUUCGGGUGUCGGUUGUGGUCAUACUAUCGGCGCUCAGUUUCAUUAUAACUUCGUUUUCAAUUAAUAUUUACAUUUCAUACAUUGGUAUAAUCUGUGCCUCAAUAUCGGGCGGUUUAGGCGAGACUACGUUUCUGUCCUAUUCAUCAAAGUUUGACUCUCGAGUCAUAUCUUAUUGGUCUUCAGGCGCGGGUGCGUCCGGUCUGUUGGCUUCAAUGUCUUACGCAUUCCUCACUACAAUUGGUUUGAGUCCUAAGAAUACAUUAUUAGUGAUGCUAUUCAUUCCCGUACUGAUGGCACUGACCUACUGGUGCUGUAUUACCGAAAAUAUUGUUACCAUCGCUGAUAUUCCAUCCGCUACAAGCAGUUCCAAUGAAGAGUCAGAAGUCGUUCCUAAAAAUAGUGAUCAAUCAUCGGCUGUAUUAACCAAUUAUGAAAUGAUUUUAUAUAUUAAAUUUGAAUUGGUUUACUUCCCGGAUAUAUGGCUCAGUCAUAAGGAACAGUACCGAUGGUAUAACGUUGACUAUCAGAUCGGAGUAUUGAUAUCGAGAUCGUCGCUAAGUUUGUUUAAAAUCAAACCGAUUUAUAUUCUGGCGAUUCUUCAAUCCGUCAAUCUAUCGGUUGUGUUGACACACAUUUGGUUACGAUAUAUACCAAACAUUUGGAUUAUAUUAUCUCUGAUCCUAUUCGAGGGACUGUUAGGCGGAGCCGCUUAUGUCAACACAUUUCACAGGAUAUACACCGAAGUGAACCAUAAGUACAAAGAGUUUGCACUCAGUAUCGUAACAUCCUGCCAUCGGUAUAACGAUCGCCGGCUUCUCAGCCAUUCCGGUCCACGACUACAUCUGAUUUUGGGCUUAAGUAACAACUAUUCGUAUGUAAUUAUGUUGAGCGCAGCCUUUGAUAUCAUAAGUGCUUAUGACCCGAAAGGUCCCGACAAUCCAUCCGAUGAUAACAAGGGCUUUAGAUGUAACACCAGUUCCACCGGUACUGUACUUAUCGCUGAUAUACUUCCCUGUCUUUUCAUCAAACUCUUGGCCCCAUUUUUCUUCACGAAUACUAAUGUUCGGGUGUUAAUUGUGGUCAUACUAUCGGCGCUCAGUUUUAUUAUAACUUCAUUUUCUUAUGAUUUAUACUUUUCAUAUAUUGGUAUAAUCUGUGCCUCACUGUCGAGCGGUUUAGGCGAGACUACAUUCUUGGCCUAUACAUCCAAAUUUGAUUCUCGAGUCAUAUCGUACUGGUCUUCAGGCACCGGUGCUUCGGGUCUCUUAGGCUCUAUGUCUUACGCAUUCCUCACUUCAAUUGGUUUGAGUCCAAAAAGUACAUUAUUAGUGAUGCUAUUCAUUCCCGUACUGAUGGCACUGACCUACUGGUGCUUUAUUACCGAACCCAUCGUUACCAUCGAUGAUACUAGUCGUCCACUAAUGAGUGAUAGCAAUGAUUUGCCAUCCGUUACGAAUGGGGCCGACGACGAGACACAAGUCAUACCACAAACUACUAGUCAAUCAUCUCCCGUAUUAACCACUUAUGAGAUGACUCUUUAUAUACAAAAACUCUUCAAAUAUAUGAUACCAUUAAUGUUGGUCUACUUUUUUGAGUACUUUAUUAAUCAGGGAUUGUUUGAAUUGGUUUACUUCCCGGAUAUAUGGCUCAGUCAUAAGGAACAGUACCGAUGGUAUAACGUUGACUAUCAGAUCGGAGUAUUGAUAUCGAGAUCUUCUUUAAGUUUUGUUAAAAUCAAACCGAUUUAUAUUCUGGCGAUUCUUCAGUCGAUCAACGCAUUGAUUGUAUUGUCACAGAUUUGGUUACGAUUUAUGCCAAACAUAUGGUUUAUGUUAUCUCUGGUUCUAUUCGAGGGUCUCUUAGGCGGAGCCGCUUAUGUCAACACAUUUCACAGGAUAUACACCGAAGUCAACCAUAAGUACAAAGAGUUUGCUCUCAGUAUCACUACUCUAAGCGAUUCCAUUGGUAUUACAAUCGCUGGCUUUUCAGCACUUCCAGUCCACGACUCCAUCUGCAAACACAUUCACUUUUGAACCAUUGAUUAUA